AUGGGUUCAAUAGGCCAAGACCUACCAUCAGCAUCCUCACCCAACCUUGUUGUGACGGAAGCCACUGCAGAAGAGCUCAGGCGAAUCUGGAUCUCGACAUACAACAACUGGGGCCGUGCCCUCUCUCUGCCCGACUAUAUCGAGCGAGAGCGUUACAUCACCACUAUACCUGGCUCCAGCGAGGGCCGGAUGACGAGCUGGGUUCUCGUGGAAGCGGAUAAAUCACCAGAGGAGCGACAAGUGCUUUCGUCAUGCGACACAUGGCGUAAGCCUGCGGUGGCCAUCUCACCAGGUGGCAAGCACGUUGAGGACGGCAUUGCGCAUGUUAUUGGAGGGGUCUUUACAGCGCCUGAGUUCCGCAGCAAGGGAUAUGCGAGCAGGAUGAUGACCGAGGUCAGCAAGAUCCUCAAGUCGUACCAGGCCGACCAGGUCAGCCAUAGCCACGGCAAGGCGGUUCGGCAGACAAAUGGGAAAGGAGUUUCAGAAGUCAACAAGGAUGGUCAGUCCUCCGUCCUGUUCUCGGCGCUGUACUCGGACAUCGGCAAAGGCUUCUACGCCAAGCACGGGUGGCGUCCAUAUUCCAGCACCCACAUAUCGUGGACUCCAACACACUCAGAUGACGCCACACCUACCAGCAGCGACGCAAGCGAGAACCCCCACCAAGUACGGCCCCUCCAGGAGAGCGAGCUUGCAGAGCUCUGCGCCAUCGACGAGCGAUUGAUCCGGGAGCGUCUCCCCGCCGAGGCGGCGCGGACAGGCAGGCCGGCGGUGGCCAUCAUCCCCUGCCUGGACAAUGUGCAAUGGCACCUCCGGCGCGAGGAGUACGUCACAUCGCACAUGUAUGCGGACGGACGUGUCCCGUCGAUCCGUGGCGCCGUGUGGGGUCCUCCCGGCGGCCGCCUGUGGGCCUAUUGGAUGCGCGGCUACUACGGCGCCGUGGAGGACAACACCCUCAACGUGCUGCGCGUCGUCGUCGAGAACCCGGACGAUGCCCGCGUCGAGGACCUGGCCGAGGGCUUCCGGGCCAUCGUGGAGCUGGCGCGCGCCGAGGCCGGCAGGUGGGACAUGGGCGAAGUGCAGUUCUGGAACCCCGAGGGCGUGGUCAAGGAGCUCGUCCACAGGUGCGGCGUCGACUACGCCGUGGUUCACAGGCAAGAGGAGAGCAUCGCCAGCCUGAUGUGGUACGGCGAGGGUGGGGAGGAUAGGGAGGUUGAGUGGAUUGUCAAUGAGAAGAUUGCGUGGUGCUGA